UGGUGAGGCCAGGAUGUGGCCUCUCACUGAUGCUGGGAGCUCAUGGGUGAAUGUGGCCUCGGUGUGCACUACGCAGGGAGCUGGGGGGAGGCGGGGAGGCCCUUACAUAAGCCCUGCAUGCAGCAGGAGGAGCAGGGAGGGGAAGGGCAGUGUGCUGAGAAUCCAGGCAGCCUCCAGUGAGGGCUCCCCAGGAGCAGCUCUGCACUGACACAUGGCCAUGGAUUCCUGGCCUUGGCCAUCCACCCGUCAUCCGUGUCCCCCAUUGCCCUUCCUGGGGUGACAUGGAGAGGCUGCAGGACUGAAGCUGUGGCAUGGAGGGGAUGUGGCCCUGGGGUACUCUGGCUGUCACUGUCCUGCCCACCCUGCAUUUUGCACUGCGGUGCUGGGAAUCCCUUGGUGGCAUGGAUGGGCUCCAUGAGUGCAGAUGGGUGCUGUCUGUGUGUCUGCACAUGCUUGGGGCAUGUUGGCAGCUCCAUCUCCCGGAGCACCUUGGAUGUUCCCCUGCAUCUCAGCCAUGGUUCUCAAACAGAAAGCAUCAGCAAUCCCUGCCAAGCUGGGCCAUUUGAAGCGGGACCACAGCAGGCAGCUUGCAGUCUCUGAGAAGCAGUGACAAGUCGCUCCGGGUCAGCAUCCCUGAGUCGCUGGGUUCUCCUGACACACAGAUCUGGCUGUUCCUUCUGGACAAACCGGAGGCUUGCGGUGAUGGGGAUGCACUGAACCCUCACCCCAGGAGCUUCAGGCCUGGAUGUUGGUGCUGCUCCUCCCGGACGAUGUGGCUGAUACUCUGGAGAAGUCCUUUCUUGCCCCCUAUUCUCCAAGUGCCUGAGCUGGUGGCCGGCUGGGACCUGCGUCUCACCCUCUGGGUCCUGAGCUUUGCCUCGGCAGUUGUGCACAUGGAGGGCCAGGUCUACUCUCCCACUGUCAACACUCACUAUGGGAAGCUACGGGGGGUGCGUGUGCCACUACCCAGUGAGAUUUUGGGACCCGUGGAUCAGUACCUGGGGGUGCCUUAUGCCGCCCCCCCAAUUGGGGAGAAGCGGUUCAUGCCUCCAGAGCCACCUCCCUCCUGGUCAGGCAUCAGGAACGCUACCCACUUCUCGCCGGUCUGCCCCCAGAACAUCCACAACGCCGUCCCUGAGAUCAUGCUGCCCAUCUGGUUUACCUCCAACUUGGAUAUCGUGGCAACCUACAUCCAGGACCCCAACGAGGACUGUCUGUACCUCAACAUCUACAUCCCCACGGAGGAUGUAAAACGGAUUUCCAAGGAAUGCACCCGAAAGCCCAACAAGAAAAUAUGUAGGAAAGGAGGAGCCAGCGCUAAGAAACAGGGAGAGGACUUAGCGGAUAAUGACGGGGAUGAAGACGAAGACAUCCGGGACAGCGGGGCCAAGCCGGUGAUGGUGUACAUCCACGGUGGCUCAUACAUGGAGGGCACAGGGAACAUGAUCGACGGCAGCGUCCUGGCCAGCUACGGGAACGUGAUUGUCAUCACACUCAACUACCGUGUUGGAGUGCUCGGGUUCCUGAGCACAGGGGACCAGGCUGCCAAAGGCAACUAUGGGCUGCUGGACCAGAUCCAGGCACUGCGUUGGGUCAGUGAGAACAUCGCCUUCUUCGGCGGCGAUCCUUUGCGCAUCACCGUCUUCGGUUCUGGCAUCGGCGCCUCCUGCGUCAGCCUGCUCACCCUCUCCCACCACUCAGAAGGUCUCUUCCAGAGAGCCAUCAUCCAGAGUGGCUCUGCGCUCUCUAGCUGGGCGGUGAACUACCAGCCCGUCAAAUACACCAGCAUGCUGGCAGACAAGGUGGGCUGCAACGUGCUGGACACAGUGGACAUGGUGGACUGCCUGCGGCAGAAGAGUGCCAAGGAGUUGGUGGAACAAGACAUCCAGCCAGCCCGCUACCACGUGGCCUUUGGGCCGGUCAUUGAUGGGGAUGUGAUCCCAGAUGAUCCAGAGAUCCUGAUGGAGCAGGGAGAGUUCCUCAAUUACGACAUCAUGCUGGGUGUCAACCAAGGCGAGGGGCUGAAGUUCGUGGAGGGCGUGGUGGACCCCGAGGAUGGUGUUUCGGGCAGCGACUUUGACUACUCGGUUUCCAACUUUGUAGACAAUCUGUAUGGCUACCCCGAGGGCAAGGACACCCUGCGAGAAACCAUCAAGUUCAUGUACACGGACUGGGCAGACAAGGAAAACCCUGAAACAAGACGAAAGACCCUGGUGGCCCUCUUCACUGACCACCAGUGGGUGGAGCCAUCAGUGGUGACUGCUGACCUGCACGCCCGCUACGGCUCCCCAACCUACUUCUACGCCUUCUACCACCACUGCCAGAGCCUGAUGAAGCCUGCGUGGUCCGACGCGGCCCACGGGGAUGAGGUGCCUUACGUGUUUGGGAUCCCCAUGAUCGGCCCCACAGACCUGUUCCCCUGCAACUUCUCCAAGAACGAUGUCAUGCUCAGUGCUGUGGUGAUGACCUACUGGACCAACUUUGCCAAGACGGGGGACCCCAACAAGCCCGUCCCUCAGGACACCAAGUUCAUCCACACCAAGGCCAACAGGUUUGAGGAGGUGGCCUGGUCGAAGUACAACCCCCGUGACCAGCUGUACCUGCACAUCGGGCUGAAGCCGCGGGUGCGCGACCACUACCGAGCCACCAAGGUGGCUUUCUGGAAGCACCUGGUCCCCCACCUGUACAACCUGCACGACAUGUUCCACUACACCUCCACCACCACCAAAGUGCCACCUCCCGACACCACUCAGAACUCCCACAUCACCCGCCGGCCCAACGGCAAGAUCUGGACCACCAAGCGCCCCGCCAUCUCACCCGCCUACAACAGUGAGAACGGGAAGGAGAAGUGGAGCCCGGAGCAGGAGGCGGGCACCCUGCUCGAGAGCCCCCGUGACUACUCCACUGAGCUGAGUGUCACCAUCGCCGUGGGCGCCUCGCUCCUCUUCCUCAAUGUGUUGGCCUUCGCUGCCCUCUACUACCGCAAGGACAAGCGGCGGCAGGACACGCACCGGCAGCCCAGCCCGCAGCGCGGUGCCGCCAACGACAUCGCCCAUGCACCUGACGAGGAGAUGCCGUCCCUGCAGGCCGGCCAGGCGCACCACGAGUGUGAGGCCGUGCCGCCCCAUGACACUCUGCGCCUUGCUGCCCUGCCCGACUACACGCUGACACUGCGCCGCUCCCCAGAUGACAUCCCGCUCAUGACGCCCAACACCAUCACCAUGAUCCCCAACUCACUGGUGGGGCUGCAGACCCUGCACCCCUACAACACCUUCGCCGCCGGUUUCAACAGCACGGGGCUCCCGCACUCACACUCCACCACCAGGGUAUAGCUGCCCACGCACGCACACACACGCACUCGGCAGACACUGGCAGAGGGACCGGCGGGAGCCCCUGGAUGGAUGGACAGACGGACAGGUGGCACACACAGACGGUGUGACACUGAGCCCAGACCUGCGGGCACUGCGCACUGCCGGCCGCCCUGCUUCUCUCGGCGCUUUCUUUCAUUCCUUUCUAACUUUGAGAAGUGCUUCAACUCUCCGGCUCCCGGCAGGAGGGCCCCACUAGUGCACUGGGGCUGUGACCCCCAGUGGGGACACAGUAUCCCCUGCGCCCGCCGAGCACCCCAAGACAGGCGAGCAGUGGUGCUGGGCAUCCCUCUUGGAGGAGGUUUGGCAUCCAGAGCGCCGUGGAUAAGGCUCCGUCACUGUGCCAUGGUGCUAAGGGUAGAGGCAGGGGCCCUGCCUCGCGCUGGGUGCGGGCGCUGGGAGCUGGGGAGCCACCCCGCGAUGGGGACGUGGCACCUCUGCCCCCUCUUUGCGCUGCAGAGAAUCUUUUGUGUCAGUCGUUUCUCUUUGCAGAGACGUUUUUUAAAGCAGAUCUUUAGUUCUUUACACACUAACGGAGUCGCCGCGUUUUGUCCUUUGUAAAGAUUUUAAACCAAGUGUUCUUGAUAUAAAAUAAAAGCCAGUUAGAAGAACCCCAGCGUGUGUGCGCGGUGCCGGCCCUGACGCGGCCCCACGGCCCCACUACCCGCUCACGGGGCCAGCGGGCAGCAGGCACCAGGCAGGGCCCUGCCUCCCACGCUGUGAGCCCCUGCUCUUUUGUAUUUUUGAUAUUCUCCCUCCUCUGUCACCCGUGCCCACGGAUCUCAGCCAAAAAGCCACUCCAGGACCUGGCCAUGGGCGCCCCACAGCCCUUCAGCCCCAUCCCAGCCCCCCAGUCCGGUGCCACCCUCAGCCCUCUGUGGGGUCAUCCAAUGGGGUUGGAUGCCUGCUGCCAAAGUGCAGCCACUCACAUCCACCCUGCCCUGCUCCCCACCUCGCCACCACCCCAUGCUAGGGUGUGCCACUGGGGACAGGGCUCCUGCCUCAGGGCUGGGGCAUCCGCAGAGCCGGUGAUAACUGCAGGUAGUGGGGAACUCAGGGCUGGACGUGGGGAAGGAGCUACCCGGGAGCAGUGCGGGCAGGGGUUGGCUUGGCCCCCAGCGUGGUCACCCUGGGCACAGGAGGAGGGGCCGGGUCCCGUGUCCCCACAGGGAUGCCACCCUCAGCCCCGGACCGGCUGGCAGACGCUGCCCGCACUGGCAGCCUUGACGCACCGGUGCCGGCCGGCCCCACACAGCCCCACAUGGCUCCACAGAGCCCUGGUUUGGGGUGAGGGUGCUGGUUGGAGAAUGUAUUUAUACCCUGUCACCCGCUCAGAGUAACAAAUUCCAAAUAAAACAGAAGUGAUAUUUUUAAUA